CAACGUUGUCGCUUGUUGCGGGAACGUCGGCCGUUCCACGUUCUAGAGCCGCAAAAAAAAUAUGUCUAACGGAUGCAUUGCGGAGUUGAAUCGCGUUUGCCGGCUAUGCGGCGAACGGGACGGAUUAAUAUCGAUAUUCAACGUUAGAUAUCUCGAUGUAUCCGAGUCUCUGCAGGAUGUUAUAAGCGAAACCGUUUCGGUGAAAGUCGAUCAAAAUGACUGCAUAUCUAGAAACAUAUGCACUAAAUGCAUGAAUAUGGUGAUUCAACUGUUCAAAUUUCGACGCCAAGCCAUUGAAAAUGAUCAACUGCUUAAGAAACAACACGCGUUAGCAAUUAAAAGAAACGAAGACGUUGAAGCCGUCGUAGCAAUUGAUCAACGAAAUAUUUCUAACAACGGUUUAUAUAGACAAAUAAAGUUGCCUAACGGUACCUUCAACGUAUUUUCUAAUCCAUUUAUAGUAAUGGACAUCAACGUAGUCGAGAAUUACUUUAAGAAAAACAAACUGAACAUGAAAUUACACGUCAGGGCAAUAAAUAGGACCUAUCGACCUGAAAUCCGUUGGAAUUUUCAAAAACGUAAGACCGCGCGGCAACAACCAUCUCAUGAUAAUAAAAUGGAAAUAUCAGAUACUAAAACUGCAGAAAAAGAUUCUUCAAUAGAUUCAAUAACAGUUUCAAGCACUCACGAAUCGAACAGUAACGAUAACAAAGUCAUAUCACACAGCAUUGAUCUCGCUUCUUCUACUGAUUCCUCUGCUUCAUCUAUCUCUCAGCCGGCAAGUACUGAAGACAAUCCCUUUACGAAUACUAAACCAUUCUCGAGCGUUAUGGAAUUUGAUACAAGGUGCGCAGAAGCGCAUAUGUGUGGCAUAUGCAAUGUAGCUUUUGAUAAAAGGUACCACUUGAAAAAGCACAUGUUGAAUCAUUUGAAUUGUCAAUUUUGCAAGAGAAAAUUUAAAACGCAAAAAGGUAAAGAAAAACACGUUUCAAAUGAGUGUAAUGUAAUGAAUGCCCUAAAUGGCGCUUCGACGCUUCAUGUACCUCUGCAAAAAAUAGAGCGAGAUUUGGAAUUGGUAUCGAUGUACUAUUCCGCUUUCAAAAUUUUUCCCGAAAUUCUACCAGCUGAUUUCUUAGCUGACAAAAUAGACGAUUCCGACAAGGAAGAUAACCUGGACCUCUUCAGAUUGUAUAUAGAACCAGACGAUGAAGAGCAAUCGCAAAAGGAAGAUCUACAGGAUCCAAUUAAUGCGACAAUCGAAGGCGAUAGAGAAGAACUUUCAAUAGACUGUGACGACCAACAACUCGUCGAUUUAAUAGUGGAAUCUCUUAAAGGAGAUCAAUUCGAAGAGAACAAUCUGCGUGUGGAAGGAUCUUCGCCGAAUUUCAGAACGGAAGAACAUCUUACGGGAAUCAACAAUGUUGCUAUUGAAGCUAUUGAAUGUAAUGACAAUCCGGAUUUCAGCAAGAAAAUUCUCCAACCAUUCAAGCUUACACAAGGUCCUUUAAAAUCGACUUUCAUGAAAAAUUACAAUUGUCCUCGGAUUAAAAUUAUCAAAGCUCUCGUGGCAGCAUCGAAUAAAUUCAAAGCGAAAGCAAGAACAGAGAUGGGCACGCAAACACUUCUUGUCCCUGACAUUAAAAAAUCAAGAUGCGAAAUAAAUGAAGAUACGAAAUUUGGAACAGUAUUACUAGAAAAUGCUCUGCCGACUUUGAGCAUCUGCAACAUACCUAUUCAAAUUAAACUAGUUAAGAAUAUAAUUAUUACUUGUAAGAGAGAACGUGUAAGUCCGCCUCUAAAAUUAAAACUGGAAGAUUGGGAUCAUCUUCCUUUAAACGACAUCGAUGUUGAAGAAAAUGCAACAGUUGUAACCUCAGAGAAUAUCUCCUAGUAAUUGUUCGUUUCUAAAAAAUGUCUACGUCUCAUUAUAUGAAUUGAAUUUAUUUAUUUAUUCUGUUGUUAAUUAAAUAAAUGUUAUCUCAUGUUGUAAAGAUAGAAAGUUAAUUCCAUAGGAAUUGUCAAUAACUGUUUUAAAGGUAUAUGUGAGAGCUUCAUAGAAUAAGACAACAAAAAGUACUUUUUGGAACCA